AUGCAGCUGUGUCCCAAGGAGCUCGACAAGCUCGUCAUUUCGCAGCUGGGGUUGCUGGCACAGCGACGUCUAGCUCGCGGCGUGAAGCUGAACCACGCAGAAGCUACGGCGCUGAUCGCGAACAACCUUCAAGAACUCAUCCGCGAUGGAAAUCAUACCGUCGCGGACCUCAUGUCCAUCGGCACGACUAUGCUCGGUCGCCGCCAUGUGCUUCCCUCUGUGGUCUCCUCUCUUUCCGAGCUGAUGGUAGAGGGUACCUUCCCUACCGGUACUUACCUAGUCACCGUACAUCAUCCCAUCAGCUCUGACGAUGGCGACCUCGAGAAGGCAUUGUACGGCUCCUUCCUGCCCAUUCCCUCGAACGACAUGUUUCCUCUUCCCGAAGCUCGUGUAUACGAGAGCACCAACCAACCUGGUGCCAUUGUGGCGGUCAAAGGAGAGGCUGGCAUAAUCAAGCUGAACGAGGGACGCAAGAGGAUUCGUCUGAGGGUUAAGAGCACUGGAGACAGACCGAUUCAGGUCGGAUCGCAUUACCACUUCAUUGAAACGAACCCGCAGCUUCAGUUUGAUCGCAUACGAGCGCAUGGCUACCGUUUGGAUAUUCCCGCUGGCACCUCGGUUCGUUUCGAGCCUGGCGACACCAAAACGGUCACGUUGGUACAGAUCGCGGGAAACCAAAUUAUCAAGGGGGGAAACCAGAUCGCUUCGGGAUUCAUUGGAGACGUGACCAAUAACAUCGUGGAGAACAUUAAGAACGGAGGUUUCUUGCACGAACCGGAACCAGCAGGAGAUGUGGCACAUAUUGACAUUUGCACCAUGGAACGGCAGGCCUACAUUAGCAUGUUCGGACCUACAACAGGUGACUUGGUUCGGCUUGGAGCCACGGAUUUAUGGAUCAAGGUCGAAAAAGAUAUGACACGGUACGGCGAUGAAUGCUCCUUUGGUGGCGGUAAGACCUUGAGAGAAGGCAUGGGCCAGGCAGGCGGAAGAUCUGAUAACGAAUGUUUGGAUACUGUGAUUACGAACGCUCUGAUAGUCGACUGGACAGGGAUAUACAAGGCUGAUAUAGGCAUCAAAGACGGAGUGAUCACAGGUGUAGGCAAAGCCGGAAACCCGGAUGUGAUGGACGGCGUAGAUCCCAACCUCGUAGUCGGAAACUGCACAGAUGUGAUUGCGGGCGAACAUAGCAUUGUCACUGCCGGUGGUUUCGAUACUCACAUCCACUUCAUCUGUCCUCAACAGGCUCAGGAAGCCAUCGCCUCCGGUAUCACUACCAUGCUUGGUGGUGGAACCGGACCCAGUACUGGUACCAAUGCAACCACUUGCACACCCGGCAAGACGCACAUCAAGCAAAUGCUCCAGGCCAUUGAUGAGCUCCCUCUCAACUAUGGCAUCACAGGCAAAGGAAACGAUGCCGAGCUACGCCCUCUACAACAACAAGCGGAAGCCGGUGUUUGUGGUUUGAAGCUGCACGAAGAUUGGGGUAGUACUCCAGCAGCAAUCGAUGCCUGUCUAACUGUGUGCGACGAGUACGACAUCCAGACUCUCAUCCAUACCGACACAUUGAACGAGGCAGGCUUCGUCGAACAGACCAUCAAAGCCAUCAAGAACCGAACAAUUCACACCUACCAUACUGAAGGCGCAGGUGGAGGCCACGCCCCAGACAUCAUUAGCGUAGUCGAGCACGACAACGUCCUCCCGUCUUCCACGAACCCCACGCGACCUUACACCAAAAACACGCUUGAUGAGCACCUCGACAUGCUGAUGGUCUGUCACCACCUCUCCCGCAACAUUCCCGAAGACGUCGCCUUCGCCGAAUCGCGCAUCCGCGCCGAGACCAUCGCCGCCGAAGACGUCCUGCACGACCUUGGCGCCAUCUCCAUGAUGUCCUCCGACUCGCAGGCCAUGGGCCGCUGCGGCGAAGUCAUCCUGCGCACAUGGAACACCGCGCACAAGAACAAGGUCCAGCGCGGUACCCUCAAGGAAGAUGAGGGCACCGGCGCAGACAACUUCCGAGUAAAGAGGUACAUCAGCAAGUACACCAUCAAUCCGGCGAUCGCGCAGGGAAUGGGGCAUCUGAUUGGCAGCAUUGAGGCGGGCAAGGUGGCGGACCUAGUGCUCUGGAAGCCGGAGAACUUUGGCGUCAAGCCAAAACUAGUUGUCAAGAGCGGCUUCUGCUCGUAUGCGCAGAUGGGCGACCCCAACGCCUCUAUCCCAACUGUCGAGCCCAUCUUCAUGCGCCCCAUGUUCGCGCCCCUCGUCCCCUCCAGCAGCAUCACGUUUGUGUCCCAGGCUUCGAUCGCCUCGGGCGUGGUGGCCUCGUACGGGCUGCGCAAGCGCGUCGAGGCGGUCAAGAACUGCAGGAACAUCGGCAAGAAGGAUAUGAAGUUCAACGAUGCGCGGCCGAAGAUGAAGGUGGAUCCUGAGAGGUACACGGUGGAGGCUGACGGGGUGGUGUGCGAGGCAGAGCCUGCGGAGAGUUUGCCGUUGACGCAGGGGUAUUUUGUGUACUGAAGGAGGGUGCGGAGGUGACAGGGGGUCUGUUGGUCGAGAACUGAAUUGGAUCUGGGGAUAAAUUUGAGUAUGUUGAAGUCGCUAUGGAAGAAGCACAUGUUUACUCUGGGAUCAUGCGGAAACUGAAGUCGUGCGUAAGAUGCGUUUGUGUCGCAGCAUGGGAAAAACUUCAACGCGCAGCCCGCAUUACACCGAAACUCGCAAUAUACAGGCUCAGGGCACAGGACGCUCGAAAACGACUUGUAGCAUGAUGGAGGUCAAUGACGGGAGAGUAUGCAUAGUAGUCAGAGUGGAUGUACAACGACCAUCUCGCUGAAGACA